GAAAAAAUCAUUGUAAAUGCAGAAUUCCCAGCUUUGUUGACUUUCAUCAGCUGCAGAAAUGGAGAUUGAAUCAAUGGUAGCAAACUGUGCACUCAUAAAAGCACGAGAAGUAGGUAACGGUGGGAACCGCAAAGGAAGGAGUCGAAAAUGGAAGGAAUUUCUGCGUUUCCCGCACAUAAACGAGUGCACAGAGCUGGAGGAAAGCAUUGAGCGAGAUUAUUACAGUCUGUGUGUCAAAGAGCCCAUAGGAAAACAUCUCUUCCGGCUUUUCUGUGCAACCAAAUCUGAUCUGCAGCACUGCAUCGACCUGCUGAAACGGUACAUUUGA